UAUAAGAAUAUCAGUUUAUAGCUAGCAGAAUUUGGUCGAGAAAUAACGAAUGGAAUUAUUUUUUUCUUGAUAGCUGGGCCCGACGAUACACGUCAAACCGACUGUCAACGGCACACUCAGGUAUUACUUGACUGUAAUUACAGGCGUUUGGCGCAAUGCUGGGUCGACGGCUAACGUGUUCAUUAAAAUCUACGGCACUGACGAUACUCUAGAGGCCAUUGAUUUAACUAAAAGCUCUCCACCAGGAAGGAAGAUGUUUGGAAGAGGAAGCGUCGAUAGGUUUGCUUUCCAUCUGGAGAAAACGCUCGGAAAUGUAAUUAAGAUAGAAAUGUGGCAUGACAAUUCUGGGAAGAGUUCAUCCUGGUUUCUGGAUCAAGUUCGCCUUGUUGAUAAAUCCACAGGGGAGAAGUGGGAUUUCUUCCACAACAAUUGGCUUGCACUUCACAAAGGUGACGGAUCGACCAAGGUUACCCUAAUGUCCAAUGAUCCAAAUCAUCACGGUCCUGGACUGAAAAACAUGUUUUACUCUGUCUCUUCAGUGGACCUCGCAGAUUAUCAUCUUUGGGCCUCUGUCAUUACCAGACCACCGCGCAACCCAUUUACACGUGUACAGCGAGCCUCGUGUUGCCUUUCUCUUUUGUAUUUGGCGAUGGCGUGUAACGCCAUGUUUUAUCAAGUGACUGGAGUUUCAGAUGAAGUGAUUCAGAUUGGACCAUUGAAAAUGUCACUACGACAAUUGAUAAUUGGAAUUGAGAGUUCAUUGAUUGUUGCCCCAGCAAGUGUUUUGAUAACUGUGUUAUUCCGUUACAGAAAGGCUAAAACAAUCUCGAGUGAAGAGACCGAAGAAGACAAAGCCACUAGAAAAAGCGUUUCAAAGAAAUCCUGGACUAAAAGGCAAUGUUUGCUACCUCAUGCUUUUAUGUAUCUUGGCUGGUUUCUCUGUACUGCGGCGAUAGCGUCUUCUGCUACUGUAACAGUAUUUUACAGUCUUCAAUGGGGGAAAGAAAUUGCAGAUCAGUGGCUCGCUUCUGUAGUUGUCUCUUGUAUCAAGGAUGUUUUCAUCUGGCAACCAUGCAAAGUUUUAUUCUUUACUCUUUUGUUGAUCAUUAUCUUCAGUAGGCCGAAGUCUCCCGACGAGGUGAGUAAUAGCGUUGCAUCAUCGUUUACAGAGGAGAUGAAGGAGCUGCGUGCCUAUCAAUUACAAAGGGCAACGUUUUUUCGUUUUGCAAGACAGUUUGGCGCCUUUAUGGUGUUUUAUGUGUUGCUGAUGAUCGUUACCUAUGGGGAUAAAGAUUAUCACCGAUAUCUCAUGACAAAAGGAACUAGAGAUAGCUUCACCUACUUUGACAAGGCAAAGACCGGCGAAAAGCUCUGGAUUUACAUGUUGGGAAAAUUUAUCCACGAUUCGUAUGCUGGUGAAUGGUACAAUGGCCAAUGGGAAAAGACUCCAGAGUAUAUAGGCAAUAAAGUUUCAAUGCUCAUUGGAAUGCCACGUCUUCGGCAGCUGAGGAUACAGGAAGAUUCCUGCCGAGUGGUGAAAGAGUUUGAGACGAUCAUUGACAAGUGCUACGAUUUCUAUUCGAUGUCAGAGGAGGAUACUACUCGUCUCUAUCUCCCACAUUGGAUUCAUUUGUCAGACGCGCAGCAGGGUUGGACCAACCUGUCACAGCUCUGUCCCAGGCCAUGGCGUUAUUCGUCGCCAGAAGAGCUUAAUAAUGUUCCUUCAUGGGCACAACAUCAUAUAUAUGACGGCGGCGGGUAUGUGCUUGACCUUGGGUACGAUAAACCAACUGCUAUCCGUAUGAUGGAAGGCGUCAAAGACAAGGACUGGAUUGACAGAAGAACAAGGGCCGUUUUACUUGAAUUCCAAGUUUUAAACUUAAACACUAAUUUAAUGAGCAUUGUAACAUAUCAUUAUGAGGUUCUACCGUUUGGAUUUGGGCUUACUUACGAGAAGAUUGACACGAUAAAAAUAUUCAAUUUCCAAAAUCUAUCUUAUAGUUUUUACAUAACGUGCCAACUGUUGUUUAUGCUUGUAGUAUUGGUGUACGCCAUCAUCCUUUUAGUCAGACUAUAUCGCCAAGGAUGUGCAUUUUUUAAACUCAUAUGGAACUGGAUAGAUAUUGCACAAAUUAUGAGUGCCUCACUUGCUAUUGUGUUCUACAUUAUAAAGGUGAAGUUUAUGCAUGAUAGCAUUCAAGAACUGCAAAAAAACCCUUUUGUCACAGUGAGUUUUCAGUUUGCAAUUUUCUGGACUGAGGUUGAAAAUGCUGCCCUUUCUCUUGCCUUAUUCAUUGCCACUUUUAAAAUUCUUCAUUUUAUUCGUCUCAAUCCACAUGUGCAAAUCUUAGCUUGGACAAUUAUUACGGCGGGAAAGGACAUUUUGUCAUUCUGUGCUCUCUUUGGGAUUCUUUUUUUAGCACACGCCCAUUUUGCUUUGUUAGCUUUUGGUAGCUCUGUGUUUUCUUUUUCAUCCUUUCCCCGCUCGUUUGCUUCCGAGUUUGAGCUCUCGCUAGGCAACACAAUUCACGUUGUAGAGAUUAAUGAUGUGAACAGAGCUUUAGGUUCACUUUUUACCGCCAGUUUUAUGCUGACACUUGCGGUUCUUCUUGUCAAUAUUUUCGUAUCUAUUCUCGAUAUAAAUUUGCAUGACGUAAAAGAGGACGAAGAGAAAGUCCAAGAAGCGUUCGGAAUGGGAAAGUUUAUUGCGACGUUUUUGUUUGGUUUUAAUCGCAAGGCCACAACGGAGGACACCCAGAAGUAAAUUUGCAAGUGAAAAAUAGCUGAUUACGAAAGCUUGCUGGCUGGCUUAUUGAAGGCGACUUGCUAGAAAUUGCAGAAAUAUAUUACCAGGAAAACAGAGCAUAAUUGUACAAUUACUUUUGUACUCUAGCAUGUAUUAAAUAAUAAUGUAAUCAAAUUAAAGGAGGCACGAUGAUUAAAAAAUUCAGUUCAACGGUUGCGUUUGCUCCUCAUCGUUUCUGCAACCUCCAUUCUGAGCAAGUCCCACACUACUCUACCAAGUCUUUUACUGGGAGGUUCCGCGCCGAGGUCCAAACUCUUAUCCUUUCCUGUACCACAUGGAGAAAAGGUACCGCUUUCGUUACCUUUUAUUGAAAAAGGGUACCCCUUUAACAUACCUACUUAUAUUAAAAACAAUGAAAUAACGUAAUGUGUAAGUAGGUUAUGCCAUAAUAAGUAAUUAUUGUGUAUUGUGACAAAGUAAGCGAGUAACGUAAUACAAAGUAUUGUAAGUUAGUAAAAACAUUAAACAGGAACAACAACAAAAAAGAACAUUGCAUCCCUAUUCUAAACCCCUAGAACGAUCCUGAUAACCGUAGUCUUCGUCUCAGAAUUUUUGCGGACGUUUCUUUACCGAAUUUUUUUGGCCGAGGAGAAUUGUUUUGGCGGAUCGUGAGCAGCAGUACCGCACAGUAGAGAGUAUCUAAAGUUGGGAAUAUGAGGAGCGAAAAUUGAUGUUCGAGGACCGAUCAAGAAGUGGGGCUUGGGGUGGAGGAGGGAAUUUAAGCCUUAGAGAACAUACCUGUGGAAAGUAAAAAAAAAUUAAGGGUUUAGAAAAUUUAAAAAAUUACUUUCAGCACUAGCACGUAAAUCCGGUGUUAAUUGAGCUAUUUAGUAAAUAAUAUCACGGGUGAUAAAUUAAUUCCUAUUUUUGUUGAGAAAUUUCAGCGUUAAUCAUAACAAUCUAUUUUGCACUAGUUAAUAUGCAAAGUUGUAAUCGGACAGUGUAA